CGUUAACAUUGCGCUGAAGACCUCAAAUCUUUCAGAGCUUCCAUCCAAGCUGGGCAAAACGUUUGUCAACAAAGAUACCAAAGCGCAUAACGGAUCUAGCCAAUGCGACCUGUUCCUGUCGCCGAUGAUAGCGCCAAUUCCAUGAUUUGAUCCGUUCCUUGUGGGCGUAGCGAGCUCUCCACCGCAGCAAUUGAAUUCCAUCUCCUACCGAUCAGCAUUUAAUCCGCACUUCGAACUGUCGCAGCGGGUCGUACAACCAGCUCAAACCAAGCUGCCCGCCAUGGCAGCCGAGGAUGCGCGGUAUCGGCAGUCCUCACAGUAUCUGCUGUGGUCCUUUUCACCCUCUCAAUUAGCUUCCAUACGGGAGAAUACCAACGCCGCCGCCCGCAGCGCAAUCGCCGCCCGCCUCUCGUCCCUGCCCGCGUCAUCCAGCAAUACCCUCUCCGCGCCGACAUCGAGUGCAAACACUCCCGACCCUGAAGGCAGCUCGACCCCCGCGCUGCCAGAGUUUCUGACGCCUGCGGAGGAGGCCCUGCUGGUAACGUUUUACACGUCGGAGCUGCUGCGAGCGGGCGACCAUGCCAACAUGUCGGACGAAAUCAAGGCCACCGCGGCCGCCAUCUUCCGGAGAUUCUACGUCGUGAACAGCAUAAUGACAUAUCCGCCGCAAGAGAUGUUGAUCGUGGCGCUGUUCUUUGGGUGCAAGGCUGAGGGUCAUUUUCCAAGCAUCUCAGAGUUCGGAAAGACCUUCGGGAAGGAAAACCCCGACGACAUUCUGGCCGGCGAGUUCCUGCUCUGUCAGGGCCUGCGAUUCGCCCUUGAAGUCCGGAACCCCUUCCGGGCGCUCAAGGGCGCCGUCAUGGAACUCGGCUUGCUGCCCGAUAUCGAGGCUUCCCGCCUUGCCGCCGCCGAGCGCCGCGCCCGCGAGAUCCUCCGCUUCAGCCCGCUCAUCACCGAUGCCUACUUCCACUACACGCCCAGCCAGAUCAUGCUCGCCGCGCUAUCCCUCGCCGACCGCGGGCUUGCCGAGCGGUUGAUACAGGAGACAUUCCACUACGUUGCGCCCGCGUCAAACAACAGCGGCGCGGAUACCCCCAUGUCCGAUGCCGCCACCACAACAACAGCGCCUUCCAAGCGGGCACCCGCAACCCGGGUAGGUGGGGAGGAGGACAAGGCCACUAUAAUCGGGUCACACGUCCGGGACAAGGUCCUCGGCGCCAUCGAGGCCUGCAGGGACAUGCUAGCAAAAGAACUGCCUGAGCGAAGGGAACAUUGGACUAAUAAAACCGUAUACAAAGCCCAGCUCCAACCGCUGCGCAAGAAGCUCAACAAGUGCCGCGACCCGGAGCGCUCCAACCUCGUAGGACUGCAGCGCGCGCGUCGGCAGCAGGCGGCUCGGAAAGACGAUUCAGACGACGAGGACGAUCUGGACGGCCAAGCAAGGGGAGGCGGUGGUGGUGGUGGUGGAGGGGGCACGACCCUGGAGGAGGACGGAGCUGUGUUUGGCGACGCCGCCAAUCUCAAGGGUCACAAGGGAGGAGGAGGGCAGGUCAAGAAAGGGUUGGAGGACCCUUUCGGGCCGCCAUUGUGAGCGAGCCGAGCGAGCUGAGCGUUGCAGGACUGGCUCAGUCUCAGUUUGUGCCUAUUUGGAAGCACACGGCUUAUCAGCAUCCCUUGGCUGGGGCCCUGCACAUGUGGGAUCUGCAUUAUUUUUUGGCGUCAUUUUGGAACUGGGGCAUCUUGGGAUUGAUCAUUACGGUAGAAGGGUUGGGUACUGUUUCGGCAAGGCCGAGGCGUUAAGAGAAACAUGGAUUGGGGUCCAGUGCAUAAGGGGUAAUGGUAUAUUUGCUUGCUAAGCAAGGCGAGAAGCCUGGUAGUCGAAGAAAAGUCAGGCUCUGUUGCCUAGAAUCACAAUAUCCCUGGUCCAGGUUUCGUGCUCUCCAAACUAGGUCGGCUAGCUGAGGCUCUACAGCGUUCUAU